AUGGCACCGCGCAUGCCACGGAGACGCUGGUGCUGGGCUCUACUGCCACUGGGCUGGGCAUUCCUGGCACCUGUGGCGCGGCAUGGAGGGCUCAGCACAGAGCGAAGUGAGCGCAGCCGCCCUCGCGCACUUCACGUGCAGCGGGCAGCAGAGGACACAGAACCUGCUGACAAUAAGCAGGAGGCACUGAAAAGCUUGGCGGAGUCAGCUAUGACCCGCGAGACAGAACCAGAAGAGGUCUUUGAAGCAAUCCGAGUGCUUGAGAAAGCCAAGAACCGGACCGGCGAAUCUGGAUUUGCCCAGUUUUUGACCGGCGAUUGGCGUCUCAUUUACACGACCGGUACGAAGAAGACAGAGGAUGAUAUCGGUCGCAUCAACUAUGUGCCGAUCACAGCAGUGCAGCGGUUCGACAUGGAGAAGAAGUUCAUCCGGAACGGAGUCUACCUCGGGCCCAUCUCAAUCGAAUUUGAAGGGAGCCUCCGCUGGCUUGAAGAUCAGCGGAGAUUGGAGUUCGACUUUGAGGAGCUUAAAGUCUGCGGAGCGAGCCUGUCCCUGCCAGAUUGGCUUCGCAGUAUGGCGGGUAUGAAGAGUUCAGCACCUUGGAUGGGCAGUGUCAGAAGAUAA